AUGCUGCAUUCAACUUUUCACAUGAAAGAGUUAGGUCAUCUCAAUUAUUUCUUGGGUUUAGAGGUGCAUUACCAUCCUGAAGGCAUUUUCAUAAAUCAGCACAAAUAUAUUCAAGAUUUAGUCCAGCUAGCUGGACUCACAAAUGCUACCCUUGUUGACACUCCAAUGGAAGUUAAUGUUAAAUAUAGAAGACAUGAAGGAGAGCUUCUUGAUGAUCCCACUCAAUAUCGAAAACUAGUUGGUAGCCUCAUCUAUGUGACUAUCACUCGCCCAGAUAUUUCUUUUGCUGUACACACCGUUAGUAAGUUCAUGCAAUCUCCACGACACUUCCAUUUUUCAGCAGUACAACGUAUCAUUAAAUAUCUCCUUGGCACCUCAAGGCGUGGUUUAUUCUUUCCUAAAAUUUCAUCUCUUCAACUCCAAGCAUAUAGUGAUGCUGAUUGGGCUGGCUGUCCAGACACUAGGAGAUCAACUACUGGCUGGUGUAUGUUCCUUGGGAAUGCUCCUAUUUCAUGGAAAUGUAAGAAACAAGAUUCAGUAUCAAAGUCAUCCACUGAAGCAGAAUAUCGCGCAAUGUCUGUUGCUUGUUCUGAAAUAAUAUGGCUACGUGGUCUUCUUACAGAGCUUGGAUUGUCUCAAGCACAACCCACUCCACUGCAUGUUGAUAACACCAGUGCCAUACAGAUUGCAGCAAAUCCGGUUUACCAUGAACGGACGAAACACAUCGAGGUCGAUUGUCACUCUAUUCGAGAUGCGUAUGAUCGUAGAGUCAUCAAUCUACCACAUGUUUCAACAUCUAUUCAAAUUGCUGACAUUUUCACUAAAACAUUGCCACGCCAACGUCACAAUUUUCUACUUGGCAAAUUGAUGCUUGUAGAUUCACCAGCAUCAAUUUGA